AUGGAAAAUUUUCAAAUUGCCAUAUUAUGCCUUCUAUUUUCUAGUUUAGUAGUUUUGUGUAUAUUCAACCAGACCACAGACCAAUGCCAACCCUUUACCAAGAUCAACACAAACAGCAAAGAAGAUGAGCUUGAAUCAGCUUUAUAUAAGGCUUCCAUGGGAACUUACAAGACUGUGAUAGUUGCGAUUGUAAAUAAAGCGUACGUAGAAGGAGAUAAUCCAAUGCUUGAUUUAUUUUUAGAUGGGUUCUGGCAUGGAGAAGACACACGAGGCUUGAUUUCUCAACUUCUUCUCGUGGCGGUCGAUCAAACAUCUUUAGAACGUUGUAAGUUUCUCCACCUUCACUGCCACAAGCUUGAAGCAGAUGAUCCUGCCGAUUUUGAGGCUGAGAAACUGUACAUGUCUCAAGAUUUUAUCAACAUGAUGUGGAGGAGAACUCUCUUUCUCAAAGAAAUGCUUAAGCGAGGCUACAGUUUCAUAUUCACAGACAUAGAUGUGAUGUGGCUAAGGAACCCCUUUCCAAGGCUAAUUAGCUUCAACGAAAGCAUAGAUCUUCAAAUCAGCACCGAUAGCUUCAAUGGUGAUCAAUUGUCUGAAGCAAACCCCAUCAACACAGGUUUCUACAUGGUGAGAUCUAACAACAGAACAAUCUCCUUAUUCGAGAAGUGGUAUGCCCAGAAAAACUACUCAACCAAAUUGAAAGAGCAGGAUGUUUUAAAUGGCAUGAUGAAGGAAGGUGUUUUCAGAGAGUUAGGCCUCAGCGUGAGGUUUUUGGACACCCGUUACUUCAGUGGCUUCUGUGAAGUUAGCAGGGACUUCAAAGCUGUCACAACCGUUCAUGCCAAUUGCUGCCGGACUAUAGGUGCUAAGGUGGUUGAUCUGACGGCUGUGGUUCACGAUUGGAAGAGGUUCAAGAGCUUAUCUAAUUCCAAUUCGACAUUGACUUUGAAAUGGACUAACCAUGUAGCCUGUAAUCGGUCCUGGAAGCGCAAAGUGAACUAG